AUGCAGCCUGCGCAGGGAUCUGGGGCGCCCUCGUCCAGCCGACAACAAGGGCAGCGCGCCCCCGGCAGCUUCUCGCCGCUCACGUCCUCUGCGGCCGCAGCCACCGCUGCAUCGCCGUCCUCCUUAUCCACGUCCUCAGCUGCGGCUGCCAGCGCCGCCCUUCACGGCAAGCAGCCCCGCCCGACGUCGCUCUCCCGCCGCCCGCCUCCGCCUCUGCGGCUCGAGUCCUCCGAGGAAGGUGCCGCAAGCAGCAGCAUCGCCGCCGCUGCGGCUGCGGCGAUAUCCUCUUCUUCCUCUUCCGCGAACACUACAACCGCCACCACCGGCGGCGGCACUCCCUCGAUCAACGUCGGCAAGUCGCGCCAACGCGUCGCCUCGCCCGCCACGCCCAUAUACGCCCAGUUCACCUCCCACCCCAACAACAGCAGCUCCAGCCUGCACAGCUUCUCCUUCUCCCGCCCCAACCCGGGCUCCCCGCGCGUCGUCACCCACGGCUCGCCGUCCACCCUGCACAAGGGGGAGUCCCGCAAGCACUCGGCCACCCAGGGCAUGUUUGAGCCGUCCCUGCCGUCGACGACCACCUCCAACCUGUCGCAAGUCGGCAUGUCGCAGCCGCAGGGGCAAGGGCAGGGGCAGAGCGCCGCCUUAUCCGCGAGCCAGAUCGCCGCCCAGGCCGCCGUCAUGUCCCAUCAAAACACCAUGCACAGCCGUCAACGCUCUCAGACGGUGCCGGUUCCCGGCGAGGUCAACGACGGGCCCCGGAGGGGAAGCGGCAGCCGCGUUCCGACCACCACCCCGCCCACUUUAAGCCUGACCGAGGCCAGCGCGCCGCGAGACAGCGGCUUCGGACCCCUGGGCGGCCUGCACAUUAGUACCGCGGCGGCGUCCGCGGCCACCACCGCCGCCAACGUCGUGUUCCCGCGGUCCGGCCACAACUCGCCGCGCGACGCCAAUUCGCCCCAGCCCGUCCUCCCGCUGCCGCCGCCCAUACCCGCCGCCUACACCGAGAAGCCGCUCUCCAAGUCGGAAAAGGCCAAGGCCAAGCUCUUCUCGCGGCCCGUCAAGAUGAGCGCCGCCAAGGCCGACGGCAAGGACAAGGCCCUCCCGAGCCCCAGCAAGAUCGGCUCCGCCCUGUCCGCGCUCCAGCGCGGCAACUUUAGCACGACCAGCCUGGCCGACUCGUCGGCGCAUUCCUUGUAUAGCCUAACCAACUCGUCCUCGGCUACGAUCCGACCGGCGGAGUCGGCCAACGUGGAGGAGAAGGCGGGCAAGGAGAAGCGACACCACUUUCUCUCCCGGCAGAAGCAGAAGCUCAAGGAUGAGUAUCACCUGCCGCUAUCCUCUGCUGCCAGCAACUCGCGGCCCACGGAUCCCAACGCGCCCAGCAGCUUAUACAACUUCCACCUGCCCUCCAGCGUGGGUCUCUCGACGUCUGGCUUCUCCAAGGCGAGGAAGGACAAGAAACAUGGCGAGCGCUCCGAUAGCCGUCAAGACAACGAGUCGUCUCUGAACCUUUCUGCGGACAUCUCCGGCACGGUCCCGUUCCCGUCGUUAUCGCAGCAGAGCACCAUCUACGACACGUCCGAGUCUGCACGACUGGGUCUCAACAUUCCCUCAUCUUUGGACGAAGCUUGGCCAUACCUGAAAUCGCUCUUGUCAGUCGUGUUCCAGGGUGAGGAUUUGCGCUUGCCUGUAGAAGACAUUAAUCGCAUCGUGCAUUUGCACAUUCAAUACUGCGUCCACAAGAGAUCACCGUUGAGCAUGCUCGACGACUUGCGAGAGCUUCUUGCCAAGGGGUUCUCUUCGUUAGACCACACACUUCGCCAGGCAGGGGAGGACAGGUUCAUUCCGACACUUGUCGAGCUGUGGCUCUUCACAUUCACCUCCAUUCUGCCGUAUCUACAGGCCGUUUUUGUACCUCUCGAGCUAGAAGUGGCUGGCCGCGGUACUAUCCUAAACUACGACCAAGCCCGCGACUUUUGGGGUUCGUUGUCCACAACCUCGGACGACAAUGUGAAGCCAACGCCACCAACCGUGACUUUUGACAUACGAAGACUUGUGCUAGCCGCCUACCGCGACACCGUCAUACUGCCGCGCUACGAGACGCUCAAGACCAUAUUCUCACGCCUGUCCCUAGAGUUCUUGCCGUCUUCCUUUGCCAACAUGGCCUUGUCCUCCCCGUCAGACUCAGCAGCCAUGUCUACCUCGCCACCCGAGUACUUUCCGCCCCUCAUGCGCCCCGGUACCUCCAUGUCGCACGAGCUGUCCGUGGGCUCCUACAAUUCCAACAGCACCACGCUCCUCGGCGACGACCGGGGCUCCGCGGCGUCCGGCGGGCGCAGCCGCGCCGUCAGCAACGUGUCCUACGGGAGCAACGGCAGCGGCGGCGCGGGCGUGCUGCGGCCCUUCACUCCAUCGAGCGCGCAGGUGCCGGUGCUCAGUAGCGUGCGCGAGCAAAACGUGGAGGACUCGAAGCAGGUGACGGACAUGGUCGGGCGCAUGCUGCAGUGCGUGAGCGUGCUGGCGAGCCUGGUGGCCGGCGGCGUGGCCGGCGGCGCCGAGGCCGAGACGGAGGCCGACGGCGAUAGGAAGAUGGCGGAGCUGUGCCGCAUGCUCAAGCUCAACUGGCUCGGCCGCGGCCGCACUGGCAGGAACAGGCGCGGCCUAGUGGGCGGACGCGUACGGAGGGACGAGGAGGUGCGUGUGGUGUGA